AAUAUAUGUAUUUUAUUUCAAUUUAAAAAAUAUAUUCUUAAAAAAUUUCCUGCAAAUUCAAUUUCCCUCAAAAUGCCUCGCAAAAGUUUCGUACCUCCCGUUGAUCCCUGGGAACGUAAAAAACUUGACGAAAUUCAUCAGAAAAAUCUCAAGAAUGCGCGCAGUCUUGUCGACUUUAAACCACCCAAGAUAUUUGCUUCCACUUAUCUAAGAGUGCCAAAAUUAAAAGAUGAUUUUGUGGCCACUAGAAGAAUUUUAAAAGACAACAUACACCUUUUGACCAAACUCAAUUAUAUACAGAAAACUCAUGGUUUUACCGAAAAUAUUAAUAAAAUUAUACCCAUCAAAUCUAAUCAUUUUAUACGCUUGUCAAAACGUUUAAAAGAAAUUGAAGAGGAUAAUCAUAAAUUGGGUAAGAGGAUAUUAAAAGCUAAAUCAUCGAUGGACACAAGAAGAGGAAUGGAGGAAUUAAGAGCUCUAAGAAGAAAUAAUGUUAAAUCCACUAUAUCACAGGCCACUAUGAGGGAAUAUAUGGAGGCUGUUAAUUGUCAGGAACCUUACCUAAUGGGCAAACUCUUAAGACCCAAAGUCUUUAUAGAUCUUUAUGUUAAAAAUGUUAGACCUUUGGGACGUAUAGUUAUACAACUAUAUACAGAAGCUUGUCCGGAACUUGUAUUAGAAUUUGUGCGUUUGUGUUCAAAACGUCAGGUGGAUUUGCUGAAAUUUAUACGUAUAUUUCCUUUACUCUGGAUAGAAGGAGAACUUUGCGUUUCCGAAAAUGUUCUGAACUGUUCUGGAUAUUUGUAUAAUAUGCAUUGUUUAGAUCAUGGCAUGGGUCCUGGUGUUCUUUCUUUUGCUAAAUGUUAUUUAAAUGGUUUUCCUCCUGGUUUGCUAAAUUUCUCGAUUAGCUUUAAAGCUUUAUCGGUUUUAAAAGGCGAGAGAGUACCUUUUGGAGUUGUCAGCCAAGGUCUUAAGGUUUUGGAUUGUCUACAAGACUAUGGCACAAAAAAUGGUAAAACCAAAAAGGAUAUAGUAGUAGUCAAUUGUGGUAUGUGGCGUUGAGUGUGUUAUUUUGUUUUAUUGUAAAUUAUAAUUUUAUUCUCUGUAAAAAUACCACAUAUCCUACUUUAUCGGAUUUCCCUUAUAAACUUUUAAACAAUAUCAAAAAAUUUAUUACAAUAUACAAAUACCAAUUGGAAAUAUAAAAAAUAUAUCUACAUAUAAUUCAAAUUGUGGUGUCUCUUAAAUGCCAAACGCAGUUUAUCGGCAUUUAAAUAUAUUCAAGUACAUUUAACAAGUAUAAUACAACUAAAAUAGGUUAAAUAGCUUGAGGUAAAAUAUCUAUUUGAGAGUGUUUGCUGCAAUUUAAAAAAAAUAUCAUAUGAAUAUUAUAUAUAUGUAGUUUGAGUGGAUAAAUAUAUACAAAUAAAUAGCAAAAACACAAUUACAAAUAUCUGACAUACUAACACAUACAGAUAUUUAUUUUAUAUAUUUCAAAAAUUUAACAUUUACAAAUGAAUGUACAAGUGUAUGUUGCGAAUGUGUGACAAUAUUUGGUAAUUUUGCACAAAUAU